GCCUGGUGCACUGGCUGGUGGGAGUUCCCGGUCGCAGGCAUGACGACGCUCGUGUGGUGGCUCCUCAGCGUCGUGGGGCGGAGGUGGUGGACUAGAGCGCUCCCAGUGGGGCCUGGGGUCUGCCGAUUCGCCGGCGACGACGUCGAUGACGCAUGGGUGCUGCUGCACUACGUGGCAGAGGGCGGACGGGUCAUCCUGUCCCCACAGGUUGACAUCUACGUGGAGGACAUGAGCUGCGGCAGGGCCGAGACCUGGCCUGCCCGACCCAUCCCGCUGGCGCAGCGGAUGGGCAGGAUGCGGAGGCUGUAUCGCUUCGAGGAGGCGCUGGGGCCUGAGGAUCGGGCCAAGACGCUGGCGCGGGGCCGUCAGGCGGCGCUGGAUGUAGAGGCGGCGUCGCCUGAGCCGAGGGAUGCCGGGGCCGUGAGCGGCCAGCGGGUCUCGUGGCAGGAGGCCGCUGGCAGGCGGCUGGCCGCGGAGCGGAGGGGCCUGCUGUACCUGAGCAUGGCCGUGGCUCGCCUGGCGGGGACGCCGCUGGAGGCUCCUGCUGGGGGUGACGUCUGGGUCGGCCGCAGUGGCGUACCCGACGAUGUGAUCGGGGCGGAGGUCGACGUGGCGAAAACUGGAGGCCUGAGCUUCGAGGGCGGGCCUGAGGCGUUCGGUGUGCUGAGGUCCGCCGACGGUGGCACGGGGCGACUCGGCCGGCUGGGCGCGGGGUCGGACGCUGGGCGCCUGGCAGAGGAUGAGGCUUUCAGGCGUGACCUAGGCAGGAGCCAGGCGCGUGCCAAGGGCCCCGAGCGCCGACGCACUGCGGCCGCGGCGCCGCUCGAGGGUGAGGAGCCCGCCGGGCCCAUACGCGGCACGGCUAUGCCAGAGCUGGCGCAGCCGCUCCUGGCGGAGCCGCAGGGCGAGCAGCGUGACGCCCUCGCCCGCACGCUCUGGGUCUUCUACGACGAGCAGGGCGGACGGGUCAGACGAUGGCGAGACGUGGUAGGCGAGUCGAGGCAGGGGCGCCGCCCAGACGCACGGGUGGGCAAACCGCCUGGGGCUCUCCACGCGCGCGAGCACAUGGUGAGGCACGGUGGCGACCUGCGCCUCGAGCCCGACCUCGCCGUAUGCGUGAGGGGCCGUGGGGAGAAUGACUGGGUGGUGCAAAAGCUGAGGACGAUCGUGGAGGCCUGGUACCAGGGCUUAUCACGUGUCCAGCUGAACAUGAGCGGCCUUAUGAUGGUGGGGGAGAUGACUCACCGCGGGUCCGCCGCGCUGGAGGCCUACGGAGACCUGUCCAAGCCGAGCUGGACGAACGCGGACAUCUUCGCGGACGUGAGCUCGGAGAAGGACGUCUCGGGGUCAGAGCUCAGGGGCUGCAUCCACCAGGGGGCGCAGAAGACGUACGAGGUACGCUACGCGGGGUGCCUGCAAGGGCCGUCGGCGGAGCAGAAGGAGCUGGAGGCGACGCAGCAGGUGCGGGGCGUGGUGGCGUUCGGCCGUGAGAAUCGGAUUGCGGCGGAGGUCAACGGUAUCGUCGAUGCCGUUAACUGGAUGUCGGGGUACGACUCGCUUCCUGGCCCAGCCAAUGACAUGCAGCGGGAUGUACUUGCGCGCUUCGAGGGCCUCGUUCGGGGCCGGCAGCCGGACGCCGAGUUGCAGGAUCCGCAGGCGGCCCUCCGGGAGCUGCUGCGGGGCCGCUCGCCAUGCGACGGGCGCAGUGGCCCGACGACGGUCGCCUCCUACAGUGCAGGGCUCGUCAGCAUGCCGAUGGACGUGAGCGACUGCCCGCGUCUAGAGGACCUCUUGCCUGGCGAGGCCCUUACUUUCCUGCAGGAGCGCCAUGAGCGCAUGUUGCGAGAAUCACCCUUGCCGACUGACGUCGAGCCAUACUUCGACUCGGUCCUGAAGUUCAACCACAAGGAGUACCGCGGCCUGGUGCGCCGGCUGCUGUCGGCUGGCAUUCUGGGAUGGACUCUAACACCGAAAGGGAGAAUUGGGAUGUUUUUCGUGUGGAAGGAUGGGCGGCGCCGACUUCGCCUCAUAGUCGACGCCCGCCGUGCGAACGCCCACUUCAAGGACCCUCCUGGGGUGGAGCUUUUGAGCAGCGAGGGCCUUGCCAUAAUCGAGGUGCACGUUCCAGGCGCGGGCUUCUCGAACUACGAGGACCUCCGCGCCGCGCUGGAGGCGCAGCAGGUGUACAUCGGCAUGGCGGACGUGAAGGACUGCUUUCAUCGGAUGCGUAUUGAUUCGGCCCUCUCGCAAUACUUCUGCCUGCCGCCGGUCAAGGCUGGGGCUUUCGGCGUGACCGAGGUCGAGGGGGCCAAGGUGCGUGCGUCGACGGCCAUCUACCCUUGCUGGCAGGUGCUACCCAUGGGCUUCAGCUGGUCCCUCUACUUCGCCCAGCGGGCCAACGAGGAGGUGAGCCGCCGCAGCAGCGCGCUCCUUCGGGGGCCCGGUCUUUCAGACCAUGGGCCACCGCUCGUGUUCGCGCCGGGCAGAGCGUCCCAGGAAGUCAGGCACUACGUGUACGUUGAUAACUUGGGGGUCUUCUCGCUUUUCUCUGAACUCGUGAGCGGCGUGAUGAACCAGCUGACAGGCGAGUUCACCAAGCUGAGCCUACUGCUGCACAAAGACGAGCUGGUGCUGGACAAGACAGUAGCGCUGGGCACGGAGAUCGACGGGGGCCAAUUGCGCACUCGUGUGACCAGUGAUCGGUUCUGGCGCUGCCGCCAGGCCGUGCGAGGCCUCCUAGCCCGCCGCCGUGUCAAGGGGUGGGCCGUGGAAGCAGUGCUGGGCCGCCUAACCUUUUGUGGCCUCUGCUCGCGCGGCACCUUGUCAGCCUUCAAUUCAGUCUACGGCUUCGUGCGAGCCCACUGCGACGAGGCGGCCGUGCUAUGGACUGAGGCGCGGCAGGAGCUGGCGGCCUUCAGCUCUUUGAUGUACUUCCUGGAAUCAGAUUGGUGGCUACCUUGGAAUCCCUUGGUGCAGCAGUCAGAUGCCAGUCUUCACGGCUACGGACUGGCAAGGGCCUUUUGGCCGCGGGAGCUGGUGGAGUCAGUCGGGCGCGUGCCUGAGCGAGCCCGCUUCCGCCGGCGCUGCGCGCACAGUGCCCGCGAGGCUGCGCUCUGUGCAGCUGGUUUCAGCAUGAGCGAGAGUGGAAAAUGGGAACUCAAGGGCCUUCCUGAAGAUGAGGAGGAGCUGGGCCAGUGGGUCGUUGUGAGGGACUUCCCGGAGGUACCCGCCCGGGGGCUCCGCGCAGGUCUGUGGGGGCCCUGCUUCGCAAGAGCCUGGCAGCACCCUGAGGGCAUCCUGACCUUAGAGGCCCGAGCCCUGUCCACCCUUCUGGCUGAGCUGUUGGAGCUCGAGGGCUCCCAGGCGGGCUCAGAGCGGGUUCCCGCCUGGCCCGCGCCUGAGCGGGUAGCCGGUGGCGCCGCGGCCCGCGAUGCUGCCUGUGUGCCCGCGGGCGCCAGACGGGCGUGGCCGCUGCCUCGGCCCCCUGCAGACCAGACAAGGCGCGAGGCCAAGGGCAGGACGCCGGCGCACACGGCGGCUGGCGCCGUCUCGCCUGAGGCCUGGCCCGGGGCCGUCUGCCCAGGGUCAGGGGGCGGGAUGCCCGCGGCAGCUUGCCCCUUUGCCGCCAGUCGCGCCGCGGCCCACCAGCUGUGCGAGUCGGAGCUCCUGAAGACAGCGGUGCAGGGCCGUCCCCUGCCGCGGAGCUUGGGGCAGAUGGCGGAGGACCUGAAGGAGGUGCCUGUGCCAGUGGAGCCCGCUCAGGGAGCGCGAGAGAGCGACGGCUCCUCCGACAGCGGGAGCUCCGGGCCCGAGGUCGAGACCGGCGCCGCGCGGCAGCACAGGCUCGCGCAGUCGCACGAGCGCCUUGCCCGCCACUACGGGAUGACCACUGGCAAAAAGGGGUCCCCUUACCUGGAGAGGGAGGCCGUGUGGAUCCCGUCGCUGCGCGAGUACCAGAGGGCUGCGACCGUUGGCGAGGUCGCGGAGAGCAGGGGCGAUUCCAUGGUGACCUCGGCGUUGGUGAGCCAGCUGACCGGACUGCACCAGACUGGGACUCGCCCCUCCUGGGCCGAGAGGCUGAUGGUCGGCGUCCUGCACUUCGGCCCCGACUUGUCGAGCUACGGUGCCUGGCGCCUCCCCCCGGGCUGGAGUUUCUGGACCCUGAGGCUCUCCCCGGAGGAGGAAGGCCCGUGGGAGAGAGCGGGCCUGGUGAAGGUGCCGCUAGAGUCAGACUCGCCCUGGAUGCGCUUCUUAGGCCCUGUGCUGCGUCAGAUGAAGAAGGAAAAGCACCCCGAGUACCCGUGGAACUUCACGUGCACAGAGUACCGCAGGAGGUUCAGCCUACGUCUCCAAGACCUGCCAGCAAGAGCCGAGUUGGUGCCGUAUCAGGUGCAGACACGCGGGCAGUGGAGAGCCAAGCGCAGCGUCGUCCGCUACGAGAAGCACGCGCGCCUGGCAGCCACGUGGUCAACUCGGAGCCGCACGUUGCAAAACGUGUUCCUGGUCUGCGGGGUUCAGCUCGCGGACAUGAUUUCGGAUCGCGCCUCGCCGCUCGGCUUGCGGGAGCUCGACCGCGUCUGA